AUGAGAAGACCCGCCACCAACAGUGACACCACCGAUCACGAUAACUCCACGGAAAACAACGCCCCCGAACGAGAUACUCCUGCAGCCGAUGGAAAUCAAAUGAGCCAUGACGUCCCACAGUGUAGCGCAACGCCCAUCAACGUUACAUCGGCUCGAAGAAUGAGCCAUGACCUUCCUAAUCCUCAUCCUCAUCCUCAUCUUUAUCAUCCUCCUCCUCCUCAUUCUUCUCAUCAUCCUCCUCCUUCUCACCAUCAUCAUCCUCCUCCUCCUCCUCCUCCUCCUCCUCCUCCUCCUCAUUCUUCUCAUCCUACUUAUCCUCAUCCUUAUCCUACUCCUCAUCCUCCACAUCAUCAUCCCCCUACUCAUCAUCCUCAUACUCCACCUCCUCCUCCCCCUCCCUCUCCCCUCCCCAUCCCCCUCCCCCUGAGGAAUUUCCUCAGAUGGAGGAAAGCUCCUCAGAUUACCCAGAGGCGGUUGUAUUAA